AUGACUGGUAAAGGAGGGAAAAUGGACUAUACCAUCAAUACAGCCAUCAAAAGAGGCUUUUUCCAACAGGUGCGUUUCCUUAUAGAGCUUGGGUCCGAUGUGAACGGAAAAGACGAAGAUGGUUUAACGCCAUUGAUUCUGUGUGCAAUGAUAGAGGAAGAGGAAUGGGGAGUUGGUCUUUCGAGACUCUUGUUAGAAAAGGGAGCGUCGGUAGGUUUUCGUGACAAGCGAGGACUUAAUGCUCUACAUUACGCCUGUCUUUACCAACGUCUAGAACUGGUUCGUGUUUUUCUAUGCGCAAUUGACUACGACCUAAAUCAGGGAGAUAAAUUUGGAAAUACGGCGUUACAUUACGCAGUUUCUGUUGGUAACGUUGACAUUACACGGUUACUGUUAAGAACACUGCAUAAAUAUGGAAUGACGGUGGACAAACCCAACCGACGUGGAUUUACUCCUCUCAUACAAGCAUGGAGCACUGGUCGCGUUACCUGUGCACAAAUUCUUGUAGACGAGGGGCACGCAGACCAGGAGACCGCCGACAAAGUAGAGGGGAAAACUGCUAAAGAGUGGGAAACUGAAGUUUUAGCCAAAAUGAACAAACUUGUGAUAAAUCCCAAAGUAAGACGCCAUAGACCAAGUACCGCGUUACGCGUGUCAUCUGCGCCAAUUUUACGUCGCCGGAGACCAAGCACCGCGAUGAGCUUAAGGGGUAAUCGGAAUGCACCUGACAAUGGACUCCUAGUCAAUGUAGAAAAAACAGAUAUGUUAAUCCGCAGUGCCAGUUUGUCAGACUUGAGAAAUAACCCCGAAUUCGUUUUUAAACUAUCUGCCGUGGACUAUUUCAGUCAAGAAAACAUGAAUGACUUCCAACCCCAGUAUGGGGAGGGUUAUGACGGUUUUCAAGGACAUUAUCAAAGACUAGCCCUAGAUGGCAACUGGAAAGGCGAAGUGAAAUCUCUUUUGCACGAAUUUCAGUUCCAGUGCUCUCCCUCUUACAGGGACAGUAUAAAACCACCUCCUCCGCGACAAUACAUUCGUCCCGCCACGCCCCCUAGUCAACUCUCCGACGGUGAAGUACCAAUGUCUGAUCGGGGAAGCGCAACUGGACGUAGGUCAAUUGCUGGACCCCGUGGUAAGAAAUUAGAACGUCAAACAUCCGACGCGAAUAUGUCACGCCGCGGGUCUGUGGUAAACCUUGGUCCAGCAGGGAGACGGAAAAAUUCCAUCGACGCCGGCAAUUUGCCUCCUGGUUCCAGAGGACAGCGCAGCAAAAGAGGAAGUGUUGACAUUGUACAAGAAGAGUGUGAUUCUAGUCAAAGUGGGGGAUCAGCAGGAAACAAGUCUGGGCUAUCAGAUUCCGCCAAAGCUAGUACAAAUAGAAAAGAGACCGAGAAUGCCAAACUUCCCCCUCGACCCGUAAGCAGAACUGGGCAGUAUCGGAAUAACAUACCAGUGGUCAAGGAAACAAAAGUGGAUAGUGAUCGGACUCAACUGGAUAACGUUUAUGAAGAAGAUGACCCAAACUAUUUGUCACCAUCACGGGCCUAG